AUGGAUGGAAUGGUUUGGACUUUCGAUGUCAUGGAAGAUUUAAUAAAUCUUCAUAAUAAAUAUUGCGAAAAAUUCAAAAAUGCUCUGAAUACUGAGCAUGCUGUUAUCUGGAAUGGGAUAGCAACUGAAAUCAACAAUCAUUAUCCAGCUCAA